GUGUAACAGUUUACCGCGUUUGAAGUUAUUUUCCCCCUUCCUCUAAACUUAAUAAGUUUAUUUUAUUUCGUUUACGCUUGUAUUUUAUCUUUAUAAUAUAAUCUCCAAAACUAGCCCCUAUAAGACGCUGUUUCUAACCUUAAUGGAAGAACUUGGCGGUUUGCCGGCCAGGUUAGCCAUAGCAGGAGGAACCACAGGUUGCCGUUAAGCUAAGCUAAAAUCGCCGCUGCUAAGACCAAAGACAAAGAUGUCUCUGAAGGCUGUGGAUGGGAUUCUGUCCAGCCUUAAGUCAUGCCAGACAGAAAUCGGAACAGGAAUGGACAUCGUGACGGAUGUUGCUAUAGACCUCGCUGAAGCUCAGGAUGAAGGGAUGAAUUCUUCCAUCAAAGAGAUGGAGGCCAUGAUUCUGGAGUGUGCAAAGCUGGACAGGGAGAUAGACGUCUUUAUUGAUGUUGUUCAGCAAGCCACAGCUGAGGUCACUGCACAGAACCCAGAGGCCAUCUUCAACCUGUCUGCCAAAGUGGAGGAGCAGUUUAAACAGACGAUUGCUCGGCUCGCAGACGCCGAUCUGCACAACCACCAGAAAGUGGCCGCCUUUAAGGAGAGCAUAGAGAACUCUUUGCAUCAAGCCAACCAAGAGUCAGCAGAGAACUUGGAGGUGCUUGACGAGGACAUAGCUGUCUCCCAGACCCAAGAAAAUUUCACCUGCCCCCUCACACAGGUGGAAAUGGUGAACCCUAUGAAGAAUAAGAAGUGCAAUCACCACUAUGAUGAAGAAGCUAUCUUGAAUCUGAUCAGAAAUAAACGUAAACAAAAGAAGAAGUGUCGCUGUCCCGUCGUGGGCUGUGGAAACUCAGACGUAAAAGAGUCUGACCUUAUCCCCGACCAGAUACUGAGGAGGAGGAUCCAGCGCCAAAAAGGACAAGUCAACAAGACAAGUUUUGCAACUCUGUGAAUUAGAUUUGUAUAUCUGUAAUAUUUGCUCUAAGAGCAGUCAUUGGUUCAUUUUUUAACCAGUUUAAUUUCUGUUAAACAUGUUGAGUGGUCACUUUAUUUCUAUCUGGAGGGGUAAAUCUUUCUAAAUAAAGGUUA